AUGUAUGAACAAAUGGGUUCUAUGACUGACGACAUCCCCCGACGCUGCUCACUUCCCUCUCUGAAAUCCACCACGUUCGGCACCUCCAGCUCCAACAUGGGCGAGGACCGCCGCCUGCCUCCCCUGCCUCGCAUGGAGCCGUUGCCUCGCGGGCCCUUCAACCCCUUCAAGGCCAAGGAUGCAUUUGCUCCCAGCACCCCCGGACCCCAGGACACCUUCCAGUUCAAGUCCCCAUGGUCCAACGGCGAACAGAUCGUGGCUCCUCCCUCGCCCGCCAACUCCGCCGAGAGCUCCUGGCAGGAAUCCUUCGUCGCUCAGAAAACGACAUCUUCCGAGUGGCCCAAUGAUCUCUCUCAGGCCGAGAUCAUGAGCCUAAUCGCCCCGCAAAACAUCAACCGCAAGCAGCCCCUGCAGCAGCUAUGCGGCCGCAAGCGCAAGGGCAGCUCUGACUCGCCCGAUCCCGAUGACCAGCGCGAGAAGCACCGCAUUGCCGAGGGCAACCGCCGCCAGAACCUGAGCCAGCUGCACCGCGAGCUCGACAGCCGCAUCCACGACUUCUUCCUGGAGCGUGCGGGCUGGAACCCCUCCAAGAGCCUGCCGCAAUCCAAGGAGCAUAUCGUGCAGGGCGCCGUCUACCUGAUUGACUUCAUGCUGGCCAUCAUCGUGCACCUGAUCCGCCAGGAACAAGUGACUCCCCAACUAUCCGAGAAGCUGCAGCCCCAGGUUCGCUGCAUGCAGCUGCAGCAGCUAGUCUCCAACCUCCAGCAACAGAACCAAACUACCCAGCAACAACUGCGCGCCGCCAAGACCGAGAACGAGAUGCUGGCAGACCGCAACCGCGCCCUUGAGUUCCAACUCAAGCAAUACGAGCAGAUGUUCCGCUCCCCCAAGACCGAAAACACCUCCCCCAAGCCCCUGAUUGAUGUCCCCGAGCACAAGCGCCAGAAGAAGGCUGGCCUGCCCGGCCUGCGGGUCUUCUGCGACGAAAUCGCUGCCGCCAACCCUCCCCCUGCCGACGUGCACACCCCAGCUCAAAGCCACUUCGGCCACCACGAUCCUCUCUCCAGUGCCACCUCUCAGACUUUCGGCACCUCCUACCUCAACUCGACGCCGCCGAUGACCAACCCGUCAUCCCCGGCUUUUCCUCCCUCCCAAUCAUCCUCAUUCACCUACUCCACCUCGCGUCGCCAGUCCUUCCUGGCCUCGCCCUGA